GUUUUGGAGAGUGUUGGCUGGCAUUGUGGAUCAGGCCGGCAGUGAGUCGACGAACAGAAACAGAUCAAAGUGAUAUCAACAUAUUUGUUUGUUGUGUUAAAUAAGUGUGUUUGCGCUUCAUUUUAGUGAAUGAAUAAUAUCUCAUCAAAAUGUCUCAGUACGGUUCUGCAUCGAAGAACCCACCCUGGGCUCGCAGCACAGAUGUUAGCAAUGUAUCGGUUCAACAGCAGAUACAGUCUCAGAUGAUUAACCAACUUGGACAACAAGUCAUGUACCAACAACAAUCACCAGUUUUCCAGCCACCAAUCAGUCUGCAGCAGGUUCCUAACAACAAUAUGAUGCCUCUGAAUCAAUCUUCAGUUGGCUUACCUGGCUUAAAUACUGCUCAGUUGUAUGGCCAGUCAAAUACGGUGAGCUAUCCAGUUCCUCGAGCAUUAAACUCAUCAGCAUUUGGAACACCUCCAGUCACUCAACAAAUGCCCCCAAGUCAACAGCCACCCACCACACAGCCUCCAAAGCAAAGGGUCUUCACAGGAACUGUUACCAAAGUCCACGAUAACUUUGGCUUUGUGGAUGAAGAUGUCUUCUUUCAAAUGAGCUGUUGUGUGAAGGGCUCAAACCCUAAUAUUGGUGACAGAGUCCUGGUGGAAGCAUCCUUCAAUCCAAACAUGCCGUUCAAGUGGAACGCUACCAGACUGCAGGUCUUACCAAUGCAAGGUCAAGGGCAGAGUGCUCAGGGCCCUCCAGCACGCAAAGGCUUUUCUGAUGCCCCCAGCUACAAUGCAGUUCCCGCCCCUGUUGAACGUAAUAAUGAUGUUGGGCAUGGUAAUUUUGCCCGAUCGCGCUCCCCGCGACGUGACCGCGCGCGAAGGGAUACUGACACCAGAGAUGUUGACGAUGAUCGCAAGAGAAGACGAGACUCAAAUGACAGGUCAAAGGACAGAGAUCGGGAAAGGGAACGUGACCGAGACAGGGAACGUGAAAGAGAGCGAGAGAGGGACAAAGAUAAAGAGAAGGGCUCUACAAGGAGUCCAUCUGUUCGCAAAAGGAGCAAAAGUCCAAGAAAACGCAGAGUGCGCCCUGCUCCUCGCUAUAUGGUUCAUGUUCCUAAAAUUGCACUAGAUGUCCCAGAUGCUGAUGUUCUUGAGCUGCGUCGGCGGUACAGCAACAUGUAUGUUCCCUCUGACUUUUUCCUUUCGAACUUCCGCUGGGUGGAUGCCUUCCCCCCCAACACUCCCUUCACAAUGGACAGGCCUUGCUCCUUCCAUGUUAUGCAUCGUGAUACGGAUCAGGUCAUUGAAAAUACUGCUCAGCUGGAUCCCCCUGAUGCAGAUUACCUUUUUUCAGCAAAGGUUAUGCUCAUGAGCAUGCCACAAAUGGGAGAGUUCCUUAAAAAGUGUUGUCAAAUGAGUGAAGAUAUUGACCCAGAAUCAGACGGAGAGGGCCGUGACUUUGUCCAUCCCACUAGACUUGUUAACUUUUUGGUAGGUCUCCGUGGUAAAAACGAAACCAUGGCCAUUGGUGGACCAUGGAGCCCAUCUCUAGAUGGUCCUAAUCCUGAGAAGGACCCCAAAGUCUUGAUUCGAACAGCAAUAAGGAACUGCCAGGCCCUGACUGGUAUUGAUCUGUCCACAUGUACACAAUGGUACCGCUUCCUGGAGAUUUACUACCGCCGGAGCGAGACUACUCACAAAGGCAAGCUGCUGCCGGCGCGGGUUGAGACAGUGGUACUCUUUCUGCCAGAUGUUUGGAGCUGUGUACCAACCAGGCUGGAGUGGGACGGGCUUCAUCUCAACUACAAGCGGCAGCUGGAUCGCAAGCUCAAGGCGCUCUUGCAGAUCGACUGCGAUGAGGAUGCAGCCACCGUUGACGAAAAGGAUGGUGAUGAAACCACUGUCAUGAGGAGGGAGCCUACUCCUUGGAAUCGACUAGACGCUAAGUCUUUGAAGGUUUCAGAAUUACGAGAAGAAUUAGAAGCUCGCAGUAUGAGCCCUAAGGGUCUCAAGAACCAACUGCUUGCUCGCCUUCAAAAGGCCUUGAAAUCUGAGCAAGACAUUGAAGAGAAAGGAGGACAUGAAGAAGUAGUUCCAGAAGUUCCAAAGGAAGUGGAAAAAGUUGGAGAGAAAGUUGAGGAGGACGAAAACAAGAAGAAAGAGGAUGAAGAAAAGAGAAAGCUUGCAGAAAAAGAAAAGGUGGUUUUAGAGAAAAGAUAUGAAAUGCCAGAUAAUCCACAUGUGAUUGUUCACCCAAACCGCAUUGCAAAGUCAGGAAAAUUUGAUUGCGUCACUAUGUCUCUUUCCUUGCUUUUGGAUUAUCGCCAAGAUGAUACAAAGGAACAUUCAUUUGAAGUUUCUCUCUUUGCGGAGCUGUUUAAUGAGAUGCUGAUGAGAGAUUUUGGCUUCCGCAUCUAUCGCUCAUUGUAUGAAGCUGCAGAAAAAGUGAGGGAAGAAGAGAAAGAAAAGGAGCGUAAGAAAAAGGAAGAGAAAGAAAAGAAAGAAAAGGAAGAAAAAGAGAAGAGUGUGAAAGAUUCCAAAGAGCCUUCAGAGGAAAAGGAAGAGUCCGAAAAGGAUACAGAUUUAGAAAAAAUGGAAGAUGACACCAGUGAACAAGAUGCGUCUCAGGAUGGAGAUAAAAGAAGUAGAGAUGAGAAGGAGAAAGAUGAGAAGGAGGACAAGGACAAGAAAGACAAAGACCGUGAAAGCAAAGACCGUGAAAGCAAAGAUAGAGACAAAAAGAAGAAGGAAAAAAUGAUGACAAUCAAUCCACAGCUGCUUCUAGCAUUUGUGUACUUUGAUCAAUCACACUGUGGGUACAUCUUGGACAAAGAUGUUGAGGAGCUUAUGUAUGCUUUAGGUUUAAACCUUUCUCGAGCACAGGUUCGACGACUGGUUCAAGCUGUCCUGAGCAAAGACUCACGUGAUUCUCGUGAGAAUAGGGAAGCCCUGUUUUAUCGUCGUUUGACUGACAAACCUAAGCCAGAAGAAAAUGGAACAUCAGAAAAUCCUGCAGAUGAUGAGAUUAUUGAUACUAAUACUAAUCUAGAUGCUAAUCUAGAAAUUUCCCUGGUUGGCAACCGAAGUCUUCUGCCUGUAUUUAUCAAUGAUGAUAGUGGAUCUCCUCCUUCCAAGCGGGCUAGAUUAGACAAAAGUGAGGAGUCGUCAAAUGCUCCAGAGGGACUUGUUAUGUUUAGGGGUGGCCUGUUGGAUGUUGAAAAACUGACAGAGCAGCUUAAGCGGUCUGAAAAAGCUCGCGCAGAUACUGAAAAUAUGCUAAUAUCUUUAAGAGAAGAAUUAGGUUCCACCAAAAAAUCAGCUGAUUUAUCUUCUAACAAUGUUAAAGAGCUCACCAUCAAAGUAGAGCAGCUUAAAAAUCAACUUGCCUCCACUACUGAAAGCCUGAAUAGUGUCCAGGUGAAAUCUGAGGUUUAUGUGAAAACCCUGAAAGAUAUGUAUGUAAAUAUUGAAAAAGUUCUACCCCCUGUAUCACAGAAGAAUGAAGUGCCAGUCUCAAUUAAAGAAGAGGUAACUGAAUGAUAGUGUGUGCGGCUAUUUUGAUGUGUUUCAGGUAUGUUGUUAAGGAAUGUAAAUCGUUCAAGUUAUGUUAAUGGGUGGGGCUGAUCUGUCAUAGGAUUUGAGCAAUAAAUGAACUCUUGUAAGAGGUGCGCACUUUGUUGUUAAAUUAGAGAGUUUAAUCAAGUCCCAAAAUUGAGUUGGGAUCAAGCAAGAAAUCAAGUUUAUGUAGUCUUUGCUAUGAUAUAAAAUGAUUUGUGUGGACCAUGGUCUAUUUUAGCUGUGCAGAUGUAGAAGUAUUUGAUUUACUGUUAACAGUCUAAGACUGCCUUUCAAAGGUGGAAAAGGAAUUUUUUGAGGAUUGUUCCUUUCUCUUUGUGUCACUUAAUGCUUUUACUGAUUGACAAUAAUACAAAGUUGUUGCUGGUGCCUCUUU